AUGAAGCAACUCACUCAGCAAUUUGUCAAUGACAAAGACCAGCUGGACUUCACAGCCCUCAUGGACCCCAACAUCAAGCACCUGAUCAAGAUAAGUCCUUCUCAGACCAUUCAUGCAAGGGUUACCCACAAUCUCAACAAUUGGCAACUUCCUGUGGAUGCCACACCAUCAUGUCCAUCAUUCAUCAAACACCACCACACCUACAAGACACUCUACCUCUCCUCCAUUCUCAACACCCUGCAGAAACACAACACCAAGUACUUACCCAGUGGUGAGUACACCACCACACCAUCACUCCACCACAUCCACAUACAGACCAGUACCCACAGCAUGGAGCAGGUCUUCUCUGAUGUGGACCAGCAGUUCAAGUCACAAGGGCCAGCUCUGCAGGCAAGCCUCCUCUCAGCGCUAAUCACAGCACACAAAGCCACCAACAUCAGCUCCUACUUUAAGACCUAUCAGGAGCACUUCAAGGUCACACAAGAGGCGCGAGACUACAUCAAAAGGGAACCCACGCACCUCGACCUGCAAGCCAGCAAGGCGGAGCACUUCUUCGAAGGCAAGUGCGCUGACAUUGAGAGGGCGCGGCGGCGCAUCACCCGCGAGCAAGAAGAUGAGGAGGUCGCCUGA